CACCUUGUUAUUUGAAAGCAGACUUAGUAUAUAAACAACUCAUUUUGUCCAUGACCCAAUAAAGUUUUAUGGACAUUGAAUAUUAAACUUAAAAGUUGAUUUAUUUUAGCCAUAUGGGAGUGGGUAUGUGUGCAGAUAGAUACCUGGAAAGGCCAGAAGAGGGAGCCAGGUGCCCAGAAGCUCCUAGAGUCACUGGCAAUUGGGAGCCAUCUGAUAUGGAUACUGGAACCAAAGCUGGGCCCUCUGGAAAAGCAGCAAAUACCCUUAACUGCAGAACCAUCUUCCCAGCCCCUGAAUUGUUCUUUUUAAUAAUUUUCACAAGUAGAGGAAUAUUCUGUUGCUUUAAAAGAAAACAAUUUAAAAUGUUCAACCAUUACUAGUAUAGGGACUAACCAAAUAGGCAAUGAAGCCAAGUAAGGCAGUGCUCACCUGUAACUUCAGCACUUCGGGCCAGAGGCAGAGUCUUGUUCUGCAUGAUGAGGCCCUGUGUCACAGUAACACCUUUAGCAAGACGACAGACAGUGGCCACAGGAAGGAGUUGACUCCUCUGCUGUGGCAUCCUUUUGUGGCUCAUUUAAGUAUUUUUUGGCACUGACUUGCUGAAGAAACUGGGCUGCUUGUCUGACCUUUCGAAUUUGUGUUUUUGCUGAACAGUGGUGUGAGUUCCUUGUUCUCUAGUUAUUGAAACUUUAUAACCUUGAAAUUAUAUCUCAAGGCUAAUAACGUCCAAUGCUAUUUUAAAUCCCUUGUUUACAGUCUCUCCGUGUUCCUAAAUCAUAGGUGACAGUGCCUUGACAAGAUUCACUAAGCCCAAACAGUUUGCAGAUACUGCUUUCUGUUAGAGAGCAACAGAACAAAUGCUUUCCCACUUUGUUUUGAAAAAUCAACUCAUUGAUACCAGUAGUUUUUUUUUUUUUUUAAUUAAAGACAGCUAUUUUUAAACAUUAAUGAAGUGGAGACACUACUGUCCUAAAUAGCAGGGCUUGCCAGUGUCUGACUCCUCCAUCAGGACAUGGUGACUGCCUGCCAGUGUUACUGUUGCCACAGGGAAAAUUCUGCUCAUCCACCAAGAAGACAAUGGAGGCUCAGCAGGGACCAAGAUCCUUCACUAAUUACUGGCAGUGGCAAGAAUUCUGACUCCAAAGCUCACUUUAUUCCAUCUCUGAGUAAUUGUAGUCAUUUCAUGGUAUUGUACUUUAUGGGCCUUGUUCAUAGAUAGAACUAUGUCCAGUCAAUUUAUUUGAACUUUUCUUUGGCUCCUCUGUAUCGGAGUGCUGAGUUAUUGUGGUAUUUCCACAGAUGUUUCUGGUGGGUGGGCUGAUGAGGAAGUGGCUUCUGUCUGACAGCAUUUUCUGUGGGAGACUUGGAGAAGGUCUUAGAGGAAACCGAUGUGAUUCACAUGGCGUGGAAGGACAGAAGUUUUUUGCCAUUCAACUUGAUAUUGGCAUCAACCUGACAGAUCCUAUGUUCAGAGGAAUUUAUAGGGGGGUGCAGAAGCAUCAAGAUGACUUACAAGAUGUAAUAGAGAGAGCUAUCCAGAUUGGUGUUAAAAAGUUUAUGAUCACAGGUGGAAGUCUCCAAGACAGUAAAGAUGCACUGCAGUUGGCACAAACAAAUGACAUGUUUUUCAGUACAGUGGGGUGUCACCCCACGAGAUGUGAUGAGUUUGAGAAGGGUAGCCCUGAUCAGUACUUAGCAGGGCUGCUGAACCUUGCUGAGAACAACAAAGGAAAAGUUGUUGCAAUAGGGGAAUGUGGACUUGAUUUUGACCGACUUCAGUUUUGUCCCAAAGAUACUCAACUCAAAUAUUUUGAAAAACAAUUUGAACUGUCAGAACAAACACAAUUACCAAUGUUUCUUCAUUGUCGCAAUUCACAUACUGAGUUUUUAGAUAUUAUGAGAAGAAAUAGAGACCGGUGUGUGGGUGGAGUGGUCCAUUCGUUUGACGGCACGAAGGAAGCAGCAGCUGCUUUGAUUGACUUGGACCUUUAUAUAGGAUUUAAUGGUUGCUCUCUGAAGACUGAAGCUAACUUGGAAGUUCUGAAGUCAAUACCUAGUGAAAAACUAAUGAUUGAGACAGAUGCACCUUGGUGUGGAGUUAAAAGUACACAUGCUGGAUCAAAAUACAUAAACACUUCAUUUCCUACCAAAAAGAAAUGGGAAAACGGGCACUGCUUAAAAGAUAGAAACGAGCCCUGCCACAUCAUUCAAAUAUUGGAGAUAAUGUCAGCAGUCAGAGAAGAAGACCCACUGGAAUUGGCCAACACGCUAUAUAACAACACCAUUAAAGUGUUUUUUUCCUGAUUUGUGUUUCCUUUUUAUGAUGUGGAAUUUCAUAGUAAAACUGUGAGCUUUAUUAAGGAAAUUUUUCCAGUAGUUCUUUAAAGUGGUCGUAGCACUGUACAUUACACCUCGCAGAGUCAGGUCAGCAGUGUUUAGGCUGCUUUAGUUAACAAUGUCCACCUUUUUAUGGUGUAAUCUCAUCAGAAGUGAAAGAACAGUUUUAUGCUCUCACUGCAAACACAGGGAUGCUUCUACUAAGACUUAGACAGCACAUCCUGGAUUAUAUCAAAGUUUAGUUGAUAACAAGCCUAUUUCUCAAUUCUGUCCCUGUUUUUUGACUUUUGAACCUAGCUCUAAGCUGCAGCUCAGGUUUCAAGUUUUUUAGUUGCUUCUAGCAGGUUAUCUUGCCUUAGUUUUAGAAGACAUUUUAUAGCCUUUCUACUCAAGAUUUUUUCUUCUCGUCUCUUAUACUAAAGUUCCUUUAUUCUGCAUUUUCAUUUUCCCACUCAUUUUAAGGAAAAGCUAGAGU